GAGAAGAUGAAGCUCAAGAAUUGAAUGCGGAAGAGAAUUUCAAAAUAAACUAUUUUUAUGUAAUUGUCGACAAUGUGCGCGCAAGUUGUCAUCCUAGGUCUGAGGCACUUAAACAUCAUGAGAGCAUAUUCGGUUUCAUGUAUAAUAUAAAAAGAUUAAAGGAAAUUGGUGAUAGUGGACUUUUGAAGAAAUGCAACGACUUGCAAAUAUCUAUGAGAGCAGGGGAAUCAUGUGAUAUUGAUGGACAUGAAUUGUACGAAGAACUAAGAUUCUUACUUCUGCUGUUUUCUCACAGAUUGGGAAAGAAGAAAAUAAAUAAAGAAAAACUCACCGAACUUAAAAGUGAUAUAAUGAAGAGAAAAGCCCAAUUGUAUGAGGUUGAACAGACAUUACCAAAACCAAAUGGCAUUUAUUUGAAAAUCAUUUUAGGAAAUGUGAACGUGUCCAUUCUCAGUAAGGAAGAAAAGUUCAAAUAUAAAGAUGAAUAUGAAAAAUUUAAAUUGAUACUAAGUAUCAUUGGUAUUGUUAUGGCUAUUCUUAACUUUUCUGUGAGAUUUCGACCAUUAGAACUCAGCUAUAUAUUUUUAUUAGUUUGGUACUACUGUACUCUAACUAUCAGAGAAAGUAUACUGAAAGUGAAUGGAUCCAGGAUCAGGGGAUGGUGGAGGCUACAUCACUUCCUUUCCACAGUGGCAGCUGGAAUAUUACUCAUUUGGCCGGACAACGAAAGCUGGUCCUACUUCAGGAAUCAGUUCAUGGUGUUUAACAUCUAUAUAAGUCUCGUACAAUAUCUUCAAUUCCGAUAUCAACGAGGAGUGUUAUAUAGGUUAAAGGCUCUUGGUGAAAGGCACAAUAUGGAUAUCACAAUUGAGGGUUUCCAUUCUUGGAUGUGGAGGGGUCUCAGUUUUUUGUUGCCAUUCCUAUUUGCUGGUUACAUUUUCCAGUUUUAUAAUGCAUACACUCUAUACUCUUUGAGCUAUGAUCACGAAACAACUUGGCAUGUUCCAAUUUUGAGCUUCAUGUUUUUUGUGCUGUUUGUGGGUAAUACUCUCACCACGAUAUCUGUAAUCCCAUCAAAAUUUCAAGAGAAAGUUAAAUUACAAUAUCGAAUUAUGAGCCAAAGGUUGAGCAGUCAGCUUCUAUGUAGAGAGACUGAAGAGGAGGAAUCAAGUAAACAAGACUAGGAAUCUCAAAUAAUGUAGUGUAUGUUAUCAGUUGUUAUUUUUUGUUAUUUAUGGUAUAAGUAUCAAACAUACAUUUUUAUAAUUGGUGUAAUAUAGUUUUAUGCAAAUACAUUUGAAACCAUU